AUGGUUAUCAAUCUCUCAGAUAGCGAUCCUGAGGAUUACACCGACAAUCGAAUCUACUCGUCAUCAUCAUCUUCUUCUGAAAGCGAGAUGGAAAGCUAUCUGCAAAAUUCGACCGGUGAGGUUGUCAAGAUUGAAAUCAAAGACGACGGGGAACAAUCUUCGACUGUCAAACUUCCACCACCUGCCGAGCCGAGACAACUUCGUAAAAGGCAAAACCCUCCAAAGAAACCCUAUAAACGACCUUGCCGUAAGAAAAAAGUUCCAAAAGGCUACGCGACGCAGAUUAACUGGAAAGAAAUCGAGGAAAGCAGAGUUGAGUCCGGUCCUUCAGCUUCUCAGGUGAAAGAAGUCACAAAUUUGGUUCGGCAAGGGCCAGCUCAAUCGUUGCCUAGGGAAGAUAUUCCCUUUAUGUCAAACGUGGUGCAAGAAGACGACAAAUUCCCCGUAAAUUUCCCGUUUGAUAAAGAAGCAAGCGAGCUGUUUGACAGCGAGCUGACAGAAACCGACAACGACGAGGCUUAUCGAGCUCAGCGGUUGGAGGAAUACGCAAAAGCUGCUCCUGUUUACAAGAUGAAUAUCCUGCAGCUUCGCCAAGUCUUUCAUCGAUCGUUCAUGUCUACUCGAGGAAUUCGUGCAACCCUGUUUACGACACGACUUGGAAUUUAUGUAAGACGCCUUGCUAAAAAAGCCAAAGAAAUGAAGCUAGACGGGGAAACUCCAACUGCACGUUUUCGAGUGAUCUUUGAAGGCUCCGCUCAACAGCUGUACGAGGAAAUUUACACGCAUCCGGGCAAGUUUAGCGGAGUUUUAAAGACAUGGGACGAGCUUGGUUGCCUUUAUCCAACUUGGGAAAUCGACGGAUCGGGAAGUUUUUUCAUUUUCGAUCUUUAUAUUUGGGUUCGAUACGGGCAGAAAUGGAAGUGCUUAUCGCUGUCAAGUCCUGAAUUAGGUCACCCAGCAAGACUUUUGGCUACUCUGAAUACGAUCCCAUGUGCAGUCUAUCCCUGGCCGGCUGGAAAGUAUGCAGUUGCCAAAACUGUUAUACUUCUCACGCUUGGCAUGGUCCCUCUUUUCAAUGUACCACCAUAUGCAAAAACCGCAGAAAAAUUGUCAAGCGAGAUUCGAGAAGCUCUAGGCCUCGAGCGUGAACUCCCUCAUGGACCUUCAAUUAUCCAAAUGGAUUUAUUGAAUCGUGAGCUUGAAAAUAUGCUCUACCGAUGUCUGAUUGCGUCCAAGUGGGAGGAACUGACCACAAAAGAAGAAUCCUCUAGUAAGCGACUGGAAAAGAUCGGCAAUCUCCUAGAAGAAAACUUUUUGACAUGCGACAACGCAUUUACAUCAUCUGGUUCAAAGACGACUCCCGCCGAGUCCGCUUUUGAAAGCCUGUUUGCAGCUCUUCCUCCUGUGAUGACGCACUUCAAGGAGAUCACCCCAAGCCGAGAGCUAUUGCGAUGCCUUCUCGAUGGCUUAUCCAAACUACGAUUUACAGAAAAUAGUCACUUGAUGAGCCUUGGUGCGGGUGGGAUGAUCAAAUCAGACAAAAUGAAAACAAUGAAACUUUUCAACAAACUUUUCAACAAGGUUACCAAACUCUUCAAAAAAGAAGAAGUUGAGGUCUGCCUUGACGAUCUCCCCGUGGAGGUUCUCUACCCGUACUGCCUCGUUCCGGAAAGAUACUCAAAGUAUGCCACGAUUCGACGCGUUCCUCGGGUUCGACUCUACACAUCAUUCCCCAUCUACGAUGGAACUCGACUGAGCCCCCACGAGCAAGAGCUUUUGUCUUACUGUGAGGGUCGAGGUGCCAUCGGUUCUGCCCUUCGAGGCGAAUAA